AUGGCUAAGCGGCACACAAUUGGAGCAGUCGACAAAAGAUUUUGCGAUAUAAUGGAUAAAGAUGCACCUUUUGGCGGGAAAGUUAUGUUGUUUGGAGGUGACUUUCGACAAGUUCUGCCUGUUGUACAAAAAUCGACACGUGCGGAGACGGUAGCUGCAAUUUUAGUGAGGUUAGUACUCAAAGAAAAUGCACCCAUAAUGAUGUUGAGAAAUCUGGACCCAUCAAAUGAAUUAAUAACAGGUGAAUAUGCCAAAACAGUGUUUACUCCAACAAUACAAAUAUCAGCGCCCGAAAAUGAAGGUUAUCCUUUCAAAUUUAUUCGGAAACUAUUUCCAAUACGUCUGUGCUUUGCAAUGACGAUAAAUAGGGCACAAGCAUUGACAACACCAAAUAUUGGAUUGUACCUACCACAACAUGUAUUCUCACAUGGUCAAUUGUACGUAGCACUGUCCAGAGGAAUAUCUAUGUCGAAAACAAAAGUAUUGGUCAUGACUAAACAACCAGAGCGGCACACAGGGAUAUAUACGAGAAAUAUUGUAUACAAGGAUGUUUUGGGAGAGAUUUGA